GUCUCUGCUGGACAGGGACAUCUCCGUGUCCCCGGAAUCCGUCCGCCUGCUCGUGAACCGGUCUCUGGCCCUCCUUAACCGGUCCUCCGAUCAGAUGAGGAAGCUGCUGCUGGUGGAAGACAUGUUCGACUCUCUCAAGCUGGCUGCGGUCAUGUGGAUGAUGACGUAUGUCGGAGCAAUCUUCAACGGAGUCUCCAUCCUGAUCCUCGCGGACAUUAUUUUCUUCAGCACUCCGCUCCUCUACCAGAAGAAGAAGACACAGAUUGAUCAGUACACUGCACUGAUCCGGUCCAGAGUGGAGGAGAUGCUACAAAAGGUGCAGGACAGGUUACCUGGUGCUGUGAGAAGAUCCAAAGCUGAGUGACCAGCUGACCCCACACUAUGGUCUGAUUGGUCCGUCUGUAA